AUGGUCUCCACUUCCCAGACGACUGCCCGAGCGCAGCAGCUAUGUCUCGAGCUUGCAGCAGCCCCAAGCGAUGUCCAAGAUGUCGCUAUCGCCAUGGGCGAACUGUUUCUGGUAGUCGAGAACUCGACUAUCCAUCGCAAAAGCGCUGUCUCCCUUGUUACAUCGGCCUCUGCGGUUUUAGUGCCUGUCUUAGAGAUAGCGCAAAAGGGAGGGCUUCCGUCUGGAAAUGCAGAGCUACAGAAUUAUUUCCAAGAUAUGAGGCGGACCGUCCUUCUUAUGCGUCGCCUGGUCGAAGAUCCUCCGCGAUUUAUGUUCAGACGCUCUCGUGACUCAAGGCGUCUGGAGCUGCAACUCAGACAGACCUGUAAAGCAAUCCUGAAGCAAACAACACACAAACCACCUCUUCCGACCGCUAAAGCGAAGACCAUUCUCGAAGCUGUCGUAUUCGGGGCACAAAUCGCUGUUGCGGUUUGCGAUGCGCCGAUUCUGAGCGUGUUCAAGCCGAUUGCGAAUGUAGUUGAGCUGUUCAACAAUAGAGCAAUCGUGGCGAAAACGAAUCAAGAAGCUGCCAUCAUGCUGGCCCAACAUGCCGAGAAUGUCAAAGCUAAUGUGCUUAAACAAGCUCUUCUGGCGGGGGAAGGUUCAGAGUCGACUAAUAUCCUCCAAGAUUCUCUCCAAGAAGCCACAUCGCUAAUCCAGGAUCUCUCGGCACGAGGCCAGCUCGCUGCAUGGUUUUCGGCGGCGUCAGACUCCGUGCGAUUUGCUACCGCGAACGCGAAGUUGGCAAAAGCAUUGGAUGUCUACACAGCCAAAGAAGCAGUCGAAACGAAGGCGCUUCUUCGCAAAUCGGCCGCUGAGGUUGGGCAACUUGUUGCUACAAUAAAUCUUGACCAGAAAAAACCGCAGCCCACCACAUCAAUCACGAUUACGGUUGCCAAUCCGACUCCCUAAAUUGA